AUGAAGCGCUGUACAAGUGUUUUUGAUUUCGGUUUGGGCACAAAUAUACCUUGUGUACCUUUGACUGAGAAGUCUUCCGUGGUUCGCUCAAUGCAGAAUACAUCUAUGACUGAACACAAAACGGUACUUUUUAGCCUGUCUCGUUUUGCCAAUAUAUACGUGUUGGGGUGUCCAGGGUGUCAUCCCCACCAGUGA